AUGUAUAGAAAUAAAUUGAAGAGUCUAUGUUUUUGUGAGAACUAUUUUUAUACUUAUAAAUGUAGUCAUAUAAAUAAUUUAAACUUUAUAUAUUUUACUACAUAUUACAAUUUUAUGAACUUAAAUGUUUCUAAGGAUGUGAAUAAUUAUAUGAAAAUAAAUGGAAUAAUUAAAAGGGUAGAUAUAAAAAGAUAUUAUAAUAAAAAAUUAAAUAAUUGGUCUUAUGAAGAAAAUGCCAAAGAAUUUCAUAAGAAGGAUGAAAAAGAAUAUGGAAGUAGAUAUGAAUAUAAUAAUAAAUUUAUAAAUGAGGAAGAGAAAAAAGAUGAAGAUAAGAAAUAUAGAUAUGAUGAAGAAAAGAAAUAUAGAUAUGAUGAAGAAGUGAAAUAUAGAUAUGAUAAAGAAAUGAAAUAUAGAUAUGAUGAAGAAAUGAAAUAUAGAUAUGAUGAAGAAGUGAAAUAUAGAUAUGAUGAAGAAAUGAAAUAUAGAUAUGAUGAAGAAAAGAAAUAUAGAUAUGAUGAAGAAAAGAAAUAUAGAUAUGAUGAAGAAAUGAAAUAUAGAUAUGAUGAAGAAAUGAAAUAUAGAUAUGAUGAAGAAAUUCAUAAAGGAUUAUAUUCAGAAUAUAAUUCAACAAGUAUGAAUAAUGGAUAUAAUAAUAAUAAUGAAAGUACUUAUAAAAUAAAAAAGGAAAUAUUAAAUAGGCAUGAAAAAAUAGAUUUGAAUUCUCUACAUAUAGAUGAAGAAAUUAUUAAUAACCUUAAGAUUAUUUUGAAUAUAGAAAAAUUAUAUAUGUAUCAAUAUAUUAUAUAUAAUGAAAUCUUAAAAAAUUGUAAACAUUUAUUAAUAUAUAAUAAAACAGGUACAGGGAAAACCUUAAGUUAUUUAUUACCAUUAAUACAAAAAUUAAUAAAUGAUAAAUUUGACUGUAAUAAAAAGGUAUUAAUAAUAACACAGAAUAUAUAUUUAUGUAAACAGUUGUAUAUAUAUAUAUUAUCCAUUUAUCCAACUUUAAAUGUGUGUAUAUUAUCUGAUGAAAAGGAAAGUUAUAAUAUGAAUAAUAAUAUAAACCAUGAUAUUAUAGUAAAUAUAAAAAGAAAUAAUAUUAACUGCAAUAAUAAAGAGAAUAAUGAUAUGUGUGAUGAAAAGUACGGUAUACAUUUUUAUUUAUGUACACCUAACAAAUUGGAAUAUUUUAUAAAAAAUUAUAAAAACAAAAGUAGAAAUGAGAAAAAUGUUAUGAAUAAUAUAUUAAAUAAUAUAAAUACUAUUGUUAUAGAUGAAUUUGAUUAUAUUGUUGAAUAUAGAAAGAACAUUUUCAAUUUUUUUUUUAAAAAAGAUUUAUUUAAUGAAAUUCACAAUAAUAAUAAUAAUAUAGGAGACAAGAAUAGAUUUAAUCAUGAUAUAUUUAAUAAAUCAAAUUAUAACAUAUAUUUAUUUACAGCUAAUAUAAAUGAGGUGAUAAAAAAAAAAAUAUAUGAACAUUUAAAUGGUUUUGUUUUUUUUGAUUUUAUAAAUGGAAUUAAAGAACAUAUACAAAAACAAGUAGCUGAACAACAUAAUUUUAAUAUUGAUGUUUUGAAAAAUUCUGAAAAUGUUGUUCAAUUAUUAAACAAAGAAAAUAAAAAUGAAAGUCUAUGUAAUUUAAAUAUUACGCAUUUUGUGUGUAAAAUUAAUUCGGCAUCAAAAUAUAAAUAUGUAUGUUAUUUUUUAGAAGAAUUUUUUUUUCAUAAACAGAAGAUAUCAGAAAACGUUUAUAAUGAUAUGGUAUAUGAUGAAUAUGAUAAAUUAAAUUAUAGGAAUAUGAUUCCUAUGGAAGAAAACAAAUUUGUGAAUAAUUCAGAGAAAGAAGGGAAUAUGAAACGUUCAAAUGCUGAUAAAAUAAAUAAGUGUAUAAUAUUUGCAAAUACAAAGGAGGAAGUGGAAAAGUUAUAUGAAAUUUCCUUGCUCAAACCACACGCAGUAAUGAUGCAUUCAGAAUUAUUGACCAUACAGAAAAAUGAAAAUAUCAAUUUAUUUAAAGUUGGUAAAAAAAAUGUCCUUAUUACUACAGAUAUAAUAAGUAGAGGUUUGGAUAUAGACAAUGUUAUAUUUAUUUUAAAUUAUUCUCCCCCGACAUCACCCAAUGAUUAUAUACACAGAUCUGGAAGAACUGGAAGAGGAAAGGAAAAAGGAAUUUGUCUAACCAUGUAUCAUAAAUAUGAAUAUAGAAAUGUAGAUAAAAUAAUGAAAUAUACAAAAAGCAAAUUUGAAGUUAUAUUGUGUCCAAAGGUUGAGGAUGUUUAUAAAUUUUCUGUAGAUAAAUUAGUAGAGAAUGUAAUGAAGAUAGCACCGGAAAAAUAUGAAUUUUUUAAUGAAAAAUCAAAGGAGUUACUAAAGAAGCAUAAUACAAAAAUUAUCGCGCAAAUAUUGUCUGUAUUAUUAAAAUUUGAUAAAAAAAGUUUCGACGUUUCUCUGUUGUCAGGAAAAAAAAAUUAUGUGGCAGUAUUAAUAAAGGAUCCAUUUUUUGAGGUAAUAAAAAAUAGAGAUGAUAUAGUUAAUAUAAUUAAGGUUAUUACAGGAAAUAAAAUGAUAACAACGAUUAUUGGAGAUGUAGCUAAAUGUGAUGAGGGAUUUAUUGUUGACAUUUCCAGUUCGCAUGUCAAUAAAAUUAUAAGUUUAUUUAACAGUUCUAAUUUUGAAUAUAAGAGUAAAGGAUUAGAAAUAAAUACAUUAAUAGAACUACCUCCUAUUAUUAAGGAGAAGAAAAAUAUUAUAAGAAGGAAAAAAAAGGCACCUUGGAUAACAUACAAAUUACAGAAAAAGAAAAUCAUAAUUUUAGGUAGAAAAACAGAAAAGUACAAAAGAAAACGAGCUGAGGAUAUAAUAAAAGACAUUAAUAAGAAUAUUUGA